UUCAUUUUUGCUCUUCGCUCACCAAACGAACGUCCUUGAUUGAGAAAAAGCAGAAGUCGACGGCGGAAAUGGCCCUAUCACGUCUUUCGUCUCGAUCCAAUGGCCUUCUCCAGCCCGCCGCCGCCGCCUUGACCGCCUCGCUCCGCCGCUCGGUUUCCACGGACACGUCGCCUCUGACGAUCGAGACCUCUGUCCCGUUCACGGCGCAUCUCGUGGAGUCGCCGUCACGCGCCGUCGAGACCUCGGCGAAGGAGCUUCUCUCGUUCUACCGUGACAUGGUCUUGAUGCGGCGGAUGGAGAUCUCCGCCGAUUCGCUCUACAAGGCGAAGCUGAUCCGUGGGUUCUGCCAUUUGUACGACGGUCAAGAGGCCGUCGCGGUCGGAAUGGAGGCGGCGAUUACCAAGCGUGAUGCCAUUAUAACCUCGUAUCGAGAUCAUUGCACGUUCUUAGGCCGUGGUGGCUCGCUCGUUGAGGCGUUCUCCGAGCUUAUGGGAAGAAAAGCGGGCUGUUCCAACGGAAAAGGAGGAUCUAUGCACUUCUACAAGAAGGACGCGGGGUUUUACGGUGGGCACGGGAUCGUCGGAGCUCAGAUUCCACUUGGCUGUGGUUUGGCCUUUGCGCAGAAAUACUCUAAGGAUGAAGCUGUGGCGUUCACCUUGUAUGGCGAUGGUGCCGCCAAUCAGGGACAGUUGUUCGAGGCUUUGAACAUAGCGGCGCUAUGGGACUUGCCUGCAAUUCUGGUUUGCGAGAACAAUCAUUACGGGAUGGGAACGGCAGAGUGGAGGGCCGCUAAGUCCCCAGCCUAUUUCAAGCGAGGCGACUAUGUUCCUGGCUUGAAGGUGGAUGGCAUGGAUGUGCUCGCCGUGAAACAAGCUUGCAAGUUUGCCAAAGAGCAUGCACUCAAGAAUGGACCAAUUAUCCUUGAGAUGGACACCUACAGAUAUCAUGGUCACUCAAUGUCUGACCCAGGGAGCACCUACCGUACACGUGACGAAAUCUCUGGCGUGAGACAGGAGCGAGAUCCGAUUGAGAGAGUGAGAAAGCUGAUUGUAUCUCAUGACUUUGCUACCGAAAAAGAGCUCAAGGACAUUGAGAAAGAAGUGAGGAAAGAAGUGGAUGCAGCCAUAGCUGAGGCGAAGGAGAGCCCAGUGCCAGAUGACUCCGAGCUCUUCACGAAUAUAUACGUCAAAGGUCUAGGAACUGAGUCGUUCGGAGCAGACAGAAAGGAACUCCGAGCAUCACUUCCAUAAAACCAGCGGCUCUUCCCUAACUGAAAAGGUCAUAUUGGAAUAAUCCCCCCCUCCCCACUUUGCUUCAAAUAAAUCCCUUUUCAAAAACAACGGACACCCUUUGAUCAUGUUUCCUGAUCUUUUUAUUAUGUGUUCCUUCCUUCGGGGGUGUGUGUUGUUUGAUUUAAACAUUUGAAUCCAAUUAUUAAUGUAGAGCUUAGAAAAAAAUGUAAAAAGAUUUGGUGUAUAUCGAAUCGAAUCUUAUGUGGAAUAUAUCCAUUGAGGCACGACACCAA